UCAAGCCCCGCUCGCGGCUCGGCUGCAGCAGCUGGCGCCGGCAGCUCCGGGCCGUCGCUUCUCCGCCGCCGCCGCCGCCUCGCCACCCCGCCCCGCAGGCUGGGCAUCCGAGGGGGCCGCUUGGAUGCCCCUGCCCUGGGGGAGGCAGCGCGCUGAGCCCGGGCAGGGGCAAGCCAGGGCCGGGAGAUGGAGCCGUCGGGGCCCUUCCACGACUCCGGCGUGGGCGAUCUGGACGCCGACGAGUCGCGCCCGCCUUGCCCGCCCUCGGGGGACGAGCCGCGCCCGUCCGCCGCGCCCCCCAGCUUGGCUCCAGCGGCGGCGGCGGCGACGGCGGCGGCGGCGGGUCCCCUGCGGGCUCCUCCCCCGGUGGCCGCCCUCCGCCCUUCCUCCCGCCAAGGGAGCCAGCCCAAUGUAAGCGGCGAGCACUGGGCGGCCCCGGGCCACUCGCCCAGCUCCAGCGGCGGCGGCGGCGGCGGCGCGGGCACGGGCGGCAAGCACCGGCAGGCCAGCCCGCUGGCGCACCGGCGGGACAGCAACCCCUUCACCGAGAUCGCCAUGAGCUCGUGCAAGUACAGCGGCGGCGUCAUGAAGCCGCUCAGCCGCCUCAGCGCCUCCCGUCGGAACCUGCUGGACGCCGAGGCCGCCGCCGAAGCGCAGCCGCUGCAACUUCUGGGCGCCGGGGCUCACCCGCCCGAGAUCGUCAUCUCCCGGGAGGACAACCACUCCCCGCAAGGGCUGCACCCCAACACGGCCGUGCUGUCGGGGACCGGAGGUGGCCCCCACAAGCACCCGCCCGUCGGGGGGCCCUCCUUCGCCAAAGCGCCCAAGCGCAAGAACCAGAACAUCGGCUACCGCCUGGGCCACCGGCGCGCCCUCUUCGAGAAGCGGAAAAGGCUCAGCGAUUACGCGCUCAUCUUCGGCAUGUUCGGCAUCGUCGUGAUGGUCAUCGAGACGGAGCUGUCGUGGGGUUUGUACUCCAAGGGCUCCAUGUUCUCACUGGCGCUCAAAUGCCUUAUAAGCCUUUCCACCAUCAUCUUGCUGGGACUCAUCAUUGCCUAUCACACCCGAGAAGUUCAGCUCUUCGUGAUUGACAAUGGUGCCGACGACUGGCGGAUCGCCAUGACCUACGAACGUAUCCUCUACAUCAGCCUGGAGAUGCUGGUGUGCGCCAUUCACCCCAUCCCUGGGGAGUACAAGUUUUUUUGGACGGCCCGGCUGGCCUUCUCGUACACGCCUUCGCGGGCGGAGGCGGACGUGGACAUUAUCCUCUCCAUCCCCAUGUUCCUGCGUCUCUACUUGAUCGCCCGGGUCAUGCUCUUGCACAGCAAACUCUUCACGGACGCUUCGUCCCGCAGCAUCGGGGCCCUCAACAAGAUCAACUUCAACACCCGCUUCGUCAUGAAGACCCUCAUGACCAUCUGCCCCGGGACUGUCCUCCUGGUCUUCAGCAUCUCCUUGUGGAUCAUUGCUGCCUGGACGGUGCGUGUGUGUGAGAGGUACCAUGACCAGCAGGACGUUACCAGCAACUUCCUGGGUGCCAUGUGGCUCAUCUCCAUCACGUUCCUGUCCAUCGGCUACGGCGACAUGGUGCCACACACAUACUGUGGCAAAGGCGUCUGCUUGCUCACAGGCAUUAUGGGGGCUGGCUGUACCGCCCUGGUAGUGGCUGUCGUGGCACGGAAGCUGGAGCUCACCAAAGCCGAGAAGCACGUCCACAACUUCAUGAUGGACACACAGCUCACCAAGCGGAUCAAAAACGCGGCUGCCAACGUCUUGCGGGAGACCUGGCUCAUCUACAAACACACCAAACUGCUGAAGAAAAUUGACCACGCCAAAGUCCGGAAGCACCAGAGAAAAUUCCUCCAAGCCAUUCAUCAGUUAAGGGGUGUGAAGAUGGAACAGAGGAAACUGAGUGACCAAGCCAACACCCUGGUCGAUCUUUCUAAGAUGCAGAACGUCAUGUACGACCUCAUCACGGAACUGAACGACCGGAGCGAAGACCUGGAGAAGCAGAUAGGCGGGUUGGAGUCCAAACUGGAACAGCUGAACAGCAGCUUCCACUCCUUGCCCUUGCUCAUCACGGACGCUCUGUGCCAGCAGCAGCAGCAGCUCUUGGCCACCAUCCUCGAGGCCCGGGGGGUGAGCAUGGGCGUGGGCGCCCCCCAGACUCCGCUCUCGGACAGCCCUUUGGGGGUCAGCUCAACCUCUUUCCCCACCCCUUAUACCAGCUCCAGUAGUUGCUGAGCCCCGUCGGACGUGAGGGAAACGACAAAAACAACACACGCACGCACACGUGGGUCUUUGUUAUCCGUGUGGGGGUGUCAAUCCUGGCCCCGGAUGUGGGGGGGGGGAGAGCAGAGGACCCCGGCCACCGCCUUGUGGGGUCGCCUGGAAACAAUGCGGGCUUGUCUUGGUGGCAGCGCCCCCUGUUGUCGGGGUGGGGUGGGGUGAAACGGGCGUUUUCGGCAGAGCCCCUCGCAGCGGCGUUCGGUGGACCGUAGGAAUCCACGUUCAAUCUCAGGUCUUCAAAAAUCGAAAAACAAGCCAACUCCAAGGGCAUCAAUGCAACGGCGCAAGGUAGGGGGACCAUUCCACUGUGUUGGACCCCAAGCCACUGGCCUUGGGGUUCUUCAUCUCCUUCUUUCUUCCCUGGUUGUUUUUAUUUUUA